UGUUCUGGGAUCCUUGGAAGAAAGGAGUGCUACAUAAGUUCACGGGAUUUUCAAGAAAUGAUCAAGAAAACAUCAAUAUAUAGCCAUCCAUUAGUUCAUCGCUUAAUGGAUCCAGGAGUUGAAAAAGAGAAGAGAGAUGAUGACAAGAAGGUGGUUGCAGAGAUCAUGGCAAGAUGUUUUGUUCCAAGUCUAAUAACAACCACCUCCUGGGAGGGAUUUCAUUUUGUCGGUCAUGAGAUUCGGAUUACUGAAGCCAUGGAUUGUUAUGGUGCUGUUGUUUGGCCAUCGGCCCUUGUUCUAUGCUAUUUUCUGGAAACAAAUGUGAAGCACUAUAAUAUGGUUGACAAAAAUGUGAUUGAAAUCGGAGCUGGAACAGGGCUAGUCUCCAUCGUGGCAAGUUUACUUGGUGCACACGUGACUGCCACAGACUUACCUGAAUUACUUGGAAACCUGCAAUAUAAUAUUUCCCGAAACACCAAAAUGAAAUGCAAGCAUUUGCCUCAGGUUAAAGAGCUCUCCUGGGGCAUAGCUUUAGAUGAGAACUUCCCCAGGUCUUCCAACAAUUUUGACUACAUCCUGGCAGCUGACGUUGUCUACGCCCACCCUUUCCUGGAAGAACUCCUCAUUACCUUUGACCAUCUGUGCAAAGAAACUACCAUCAUCCUCUGGGUCAUGAAAUUCAGGUUGGAGAAAGAAAAUAAAUUUAUAGAUAGAUUUAAGGAGUUGUUUGACCUGGAGGAGAUUUACAAUUUCCCUAGCCUGAAUAUUAAGUUGUAUAAAGCUGUGAAGAAAAGUCAGAGGAGUGCGUGAUACCCUCAAAGGAGGGCUUCAAAA